AUGGAGGAGGUCAACAGGUUUGUAGAAUCAGAAGCAGAAAGAUAUCAACAAGAAUAUGAUGAUUUCAAUGACCCAGAAAGCAAUGAUCUUCACCACCCUCUCCUCAAGAGAAACAGAACCCUCUCCUCAAGCCCCCUCGCCAUUGUUGGAACCAAGGUUUCUCAUAUUGAGAGCUUGGAUUAUGAGAUCAAUGAGAAUGAUCUGUUCAAGCAAGAUUGGAGAAGCAGAUCAAAAGUUCAAGUGUUGCAAUACAUACUGAUGAAAUGGCUGCUGGCAUUCUUGGUUGGGAUUCUCACAGGUGGGAUAGCAACUUUGAUCAAUCUUGCUGUUGAGAAUAUAGCUGGAUACAAGCUUCUGGCUGUGGUCAAUUACAUAGAUGAAGAAAGAUAUAUGAUGGGAUUUCUAGUUAUGGCUGGAGCAAAUUUUUUUCUUACCUUGGUGGCUGCACUUCUCUGUGUUUUAUUUGCACCUACAGCGGCUGGCCCGGGAAUUCCUGAGAUCAAAGCAUAUCUCAAUGGAGUUGACACUCCUGAUAUGUUUGGUGCUACAACAUUGAUUGUGAAGAUUAUUGGAAGCAUCGGAGCUGUCUCUGCCGGGCUAGAUCUCGGGAAAGAGGGGCCUCUUGUGCACAUUGGAAGCUGCAUUGCUUCGUUGCUGGGGCAAGGCGGGCCGGACAACUAUCGGGUCAAAUGGCGUUGGUUGAGGUACUUCAACAACGAUAGGGACAGGCGUGAUCUGAUCACGUGCGGCUCCUCAUCCGGGGUUUGUGCUGCUUUCCGGGCACCAGUUGGUGGGGUCCUAUUCGCCCUCGAGGAGGUGGCUACGUGGUGGAGGAGUGCACUCCUGUGGAGGACCUUCUUCAGUGCAGCAGUUGUCGUGGUGGUGCUUAGGGCCGCGAUUGAGGUCUGCAAGUCGGGCUACUGUGGGCUGUUUGGGCACGGAGGGCUCAUCAUGUUUGACGUGAGUGGGGUCGAGGUCAGGUAUCAUGCUUUCGACCUCAUCCCCGUGGCCGUGAUCGGCAUUCUUGGUGGCCUUUUGGGAAGCCUUUACAAUUAUGCUCUCCACCAAGUUCUCAAAGUGUACAAUGUCAUAAAUAAGAAGGGAAAGAUGCAUAAGCUUGUCCUCGCGUUGAGCGUCUCGAUUUUCACGUCCGUGUGCCUCUACGGGCUCCCGUUCCUUGCACAAUGCCGGCCUUGUGAUCCGCUCGACUCUUCGUGCCCCUCGACUGGCAGGGAAGGGAACUUCAAGCAAUUCAACUGCCCUAAAGGGCACUACAACGAUCUCGCUACGCUUCUCCUCACCACGAACGACGACGCAGUGAGGAACAUCUUCUCCAUAAACACUCCAUCGGAAUUCAACAUGUUUUCCCUGGCCAUAUUCUUUGCAUUGUAUUGCAUAUUAGGGCUAAUCACCUUUGGCAUUGCUGUUCCAUCUGGUCUUUUCCUCCCCAUCAUUUUGAUGGGGUCGGCCUACGGGCGUAUGCUCGGCAUUGCCAUGGCGCCCUACACGAAGAUCGAUCAAGGGCUAUACGCGGUUCUUGGAGCUGCCUCCCUCAUGGCUGGUUCAAUGAGAAUGACAGUCUCCCUCUGUGUCAUAUUCCUCGAGCUCACCAACAACCUCCUAUUGCUCCCCAUCACAAUGCUCGUCUUGCUCAUUUCGAAGACAGUCGGGGACUGCUUCAACCCGAGCAUCUAUGAGAUAAUCCUCGAGCUGAAAGGGCUGCCUUUCUUGGAUGCACACCCUGAGACAUGGAUGCGGAACAUAACAGUGGGUGAGCUCACUGAUGUCAAGCCACCAGUCGUCACCCUCAGCGGGGUCGAGAGGGUGGGACGGAUAGUCGAGGUCCUGAAAAACACGACACACAACGGGUUCCCAGUUGUGGACAGCGGGAUCACUGUCUCUCCGCCACUAGGUUCGUCUCCAAACAGCGCCAAUGAGCUACACGGGAUGAUAUUGAGGGCUCACCUUGUACUAGCCCUCAAGAAGAAGUGGUUCCGGCCCGAGCAACGUAGGACAGAGGACUGGGAGGUGCGGAAGGAGUUCACGUCCAUCGACCUGGCCGAAAGGGGCAUCACCAUACAGGAGGUGACUGUGACCAAGGACGAGAUGGACAUGUACGUCGACCUGCAUCCCUUGACCAACACAACUCCGUACACCGUGGUCGAAAGCAUGUCCGUGGCCAAGGCCCUGGUUCUGUUCAGGCAAGUCGGGCUCCGGCACAUGCUCGUACUGCCCAAGUAUCAAGCUGCAGGAGUUUUCCCUGUGGUUGGGAUCUUGACAAGGCAAGAUUUGAUAGCUCACAACAUUUUGGAUGUGUUUCCUCAUCUCUCUAGCUCAAAGGGAAAGAAGAGCCAUUGAUCUCAUCUCCCAACUCUCCACCAUUUCAAUUCACGCCACAUGAUAUAUUCUUGAGAUUCUUUCCCCUAU